AUGGCGGGGUCAAUGACAACCCCACGUCCAUGCACAUUGCCAUCAACUCCUCUAAGUAAAGCUACAAGGCACGUCAAGUUUCAGUGCUGCACUGUCACCACCCAAACAGUCAGAUCUAACAAAAGAUUGGAAAACUGGGAACGCUUGCUUAACCCGGUUGAGUACUCUAAUCCCGCCUCCCCUUUUACUUCUAAACAGGUUAAACUCGGGAAAAACUGGAAGGAGUAUCAAGGUAUCCGAAAUUGGGAUGGCCUACUUGAUCCAUUAGACGAUAACCUGCGCAGUGAGAUUCUCCGUUAUGGCCAGUUUGUAGACGCUGCGUAUAAGUCCUUUGACUUUGAUCCCUCCUCGCCAACCUAUGCUACAUGCCAGUUUCCCAAAAGCACAUUGCUGGAAUGCUCUGGUUUACCAGAAACUGGGUAUCGCCUGACAAAGAACUUACGUGCCACGUCAGGUAUCCAGCUGCCACGUUGGAUUGAAAUGGUACCCAGCUGGGUGGGAAUACAGUCCAGCUGGAUAGGCUACGUGGCAAUCUGUCAAGACAAGAACGAAAUCUCCCGGUUGGGACGAAGAGAUAUCGUGAUUUCAUUUAGAGGUACAGCAACUGGACUCGAAUGGCUUGAAAACGUUCGAGCCACUCUCACUCCACUCCCCGACAGACCCGAAAACGAACCCGGUCCAAUGGUUGAAAGUGGAUUCUUGAGCUUAUAUACCUCUGGAACUCCCACAUCCCCGAGUUUACAACAAAUGGUAAGAGAAGAGAUCUCGCGGCUGCUACAAUCGUACGGCGAUGAGCCUGUUAGUUUAACCAUCACAGGCCAUAGCCUCGGUGCUGCUCUCGCCACCCUAACGGCGUACGAUGUUAAAACCACCUUUAAACGCGCGCCAAUGGUGACGGUCAUCUCAUUCGGCGGGCCACGUGUCGGAAACCGGAGCUUCCGUCAGUGUCUGGAAAAACAAGGAACCAAGGUGCUACGUAUAGUGAACUCAGAUGAUCUCAUCACUAAAGUUCCCGGCUUUGUGAUCGACGGCGACGAUCAUAUCGAACCCAAAAACAGAAAUGUAAACAUGAGCAGGUUGCCAAGCUGGAUUCAGAAACGGGUGGAGGAGACGCAGUGGGUGUACGCGGAGAUUGGGAAGGAGCUGAGGUUGAGGAGUAGAGACUCGCCGUAUCUAAAUAGGAUCAACGCAGCUACGUGUCACGAACUGAAAACAUAUCUCCACUUGGUGGAUGGAUUUGUGAGCUCCACGUGUCCGUUUAGAACCUCAGCCCGCAGAGUUCUUAAUAACCCUGCAAAGCAAAAAGUUCGUAGCUAG